CCCCACGAACCAGAGGCGUCCGAGGAAGGUAGGGCCGGGAUUUGCUCCACACCCACAAUCAAAGAUUAUUGAGAAAUUACUCUACUCCUCUUCCUUUUCACCUCUCGUCGACACAACCUCUCAAGAUCACCCAAAACCACCUUCUUCAAACCAGCCAAAAUGGAGAACGACCGCGGCGAGAUUGUGGACCUUUACGUCCCCCGCAAGUGCAGCGCCACCAACCGCAUCAUCAAGGCCAAGGAUCACGGCUCUGUCCAGAUCUCCAUCGCCAAGGUUGACGAGAACGGCCGUGCCAUCCAGGGCGAGAACCACGUCUACGCCCUCUGCGGUUUCGUCCGAGCCAUGGGCGAGAGUGACGACUCCCUCAACCGACUGGCCCAGCGCGACGGUCUCCUCAAGAGCGUCUGGAGCGGACAGCGAUAAAGGAUUUCAAUCUGUGGUAAAAAAGUUACUCGACAACUGGUCCUGAGAUUCCUCGACAUGGGAGUCUGAUACGAAUGGGCUACAGGGUUUUGGGUCCGGGCACGAAGGCAAUGGGUGAAAGAAACUAGGGUUGGCUGCAUCUAGCAAAUCCACUUCGAGGCGUUCGGCUCGAUUUUGAGACAACAUUACGAUAUCCCGAAUAUGUGUUUGAAGAUGUGAUGAACUGGUUAUGCUCCGACAUACGGCAAGCGAAGUCUCCUCGGACAGACUUCUCAGGUCAAACCACUCCGAGGAUUCUGGGGCUACUUUGAUAGUCUCCGUGCCGCAGAUUGAUUGACUAGGCCUUGAAAAAGCCGUGGCGCUCAAGUCUUUUGCUAUGGUACAGAUACGGGUCUAACAUGAACUUUUCAACUUGUGACUAUCCUAGCCUUACGUGCGAUUGUAGACCAAAUGCAUCCUCCAACCUCUAUCCCCGAGAUCACAAAGGUCGGGCUCGAUAGGUAGAUCCCACAUUAGUCCCCCCAGCUAAAGAGGGCUAUUAAGGUGCUCAUAUGUUAAUGGUGAUGUUUUCAAGCCUGAGGGCAAGAGAACGAACUGAUCUAAGCUCUUCUCUUUCCUUGAGGCUCAUCUCCCGAUGGGCGGUUCAGGUCAGAGGAAACACGGAAGUGGAGUACCAUUGGGCAUAUGAACUCUACGUCACCAGAACUUGAUCGGAUCAAGGCUCGAUGAUUUUUACGAUAAAUUCAGGACUAGGUGCUAAUAGAGGCAAUAGAAGUUCUUGAAAACAAACCGAACCCUUAGGGUAUUAAUACAUGUAUGUUAUACAACUCUAAUAAAUUCAUACAUAUCCAAAUGAACCGGCGACUACUAUUAGCCAAGUGUUUGAAUGCAUCCACACUACAUCACUCGCCGCUUGCAAGGCCUUCCUUGUAUGCUGCCAACGCUCGAUCCCGACAAUCCUUAUGCGUAACAAUUGGUGCCGGAUAGCCGUUUUUCUUGGCUUUGGAUCCAGCGCCUCGGUUGUAUGGAUCAUGAAUAGCCUUUCUAUCAAGAUCCUUAAGCUCGGGAACCCAUUUGCGGAUGUAAUCGCCAUCAGGGUCAAAUUUCUCGCUCUGUAGUAAGGGAUUGAAGAUGCGGAAGUAAGGUUGGGGGUCAACGCCAACACUGGCGCUGAAACCCCAUCCACCAUUAUUUGAAGCAAAGUCACCAUCGACAAGAUGCUCCAUGAAGUACCUUUCGCCCUUUCGCCUGCGAAGAAGUUAGAGAGACAACCCAAACAUUAAUGCUUUAACUUGGGUAG